AUGGCUUCAAUCGAGGAGCUGGACACUCAAGUCCGCGGUUUCUACGAAGGCCGGGGUGCUACUCGCGAUGCAGCCCAGCGAUAUAUGAACCAGUUUCGGGAGAAUCCUGACUCGUGGUCAAUGGUAGACAAAAUCCUAGAGUCGUCCUCGUACCCCCAAACGAAAUAUCUCGGCCUCCAAGUUUUGGACAAUGUCAUCCAGACCAGGUGGAAGAUCCUGCCAAAGGAUCAAUGUCAAGGUAUCCGAAAUUUCGUCGUCAAUUUCAUCAUCCAGAGUUCAUCGUCGGAAGAUUUAUUAAAGCAAAACAAAACCCUUAUCAACAAACUAAAUUUGGUCCUCGUCAACAUCCUCAAGCAAGAAUGGCCACAUAAUUGGCCCUCAUUCAUCCCGGAAAUCGUGCAGUCCUGCCGAACUAACCUCUCCAUCUGCGAAAACAACAUGGCCAUCUUACGUUUGCUUUCUGAAGAAGUUUUCGACUAUUCGGCGGAGCAAAUGACUCAGGCGAAAACAAAAAAUCUCAAAUCGACGAUGUGUAACGAGUUCUCCGCCAUCUUCACGCUAUGCCAGGAAGUUCUCGCUGGUGCUACUUCCGAGACUCUACUUCUUGCGACUCUAGAAACCUUGCUCAAGUUUCUCAAUUGGAUUCCGCUUGGCUAUAUUUUCGAAACUCCCAUUAUCGAAACAUUAAGAACACGCUUUCUUCCAAUUCCCGUUUUUCGAAACGUCACUCUAAAGUGUCUCACGGAGAUUGGUGGUUUACAAAUCAGUGGUCAGAUCCAUUAUGAAGAAAAACUCGUCACUAUGUUUACCAAUGUCAUGACUACAAUUGCCGAAAUUAUUCCAAUCACCACGGAUCUACGAUCGAUAUAUCCAACUAGCCCUCCGCGAGACCAGGAAUUCAUCCAGAACCUUGCGAUCUUCCUGUGCAAUUUCUUCACUCCUCAUGUUAAAUUAAUCGAAAACCUCCCCAAUAAAGAGUAUUUGGUCCACUCCCACCUUUACCUCAUCCGCAUCAGCCAAAUCAAUGACCGCGAAAUCUUCAAAAUUUGUCUGGAGUACUGGACCAAGUUGGUUGCAGAGCUAUAUGAAGAAAUGCAGCAGCUUCCAAUGUCGGAUCUCAAUCCUCUUCUAAGUGGCGGCGCCCCUCCACCAAAUCUACUCAACAGCUAUCCGUUACGAAAACACAUGUAUACUGAGGUUCUAUCGAACCUAAGACUCGUCAUGAUCGAAGGAAUGGUCCGACCGGAAGAAGUUCUUAUCGUCGAAAAUGACGAAGGUGAAAUCGUACGCGAGUUCGUCAAAGAAGGCGACACUAUCCAACUCUAUAAAACGACUCGCGAAUGUUUGGUUUAUCUCACGCAUUUAGAUGUUGUGGAUACUGAAACCAUAAUGUCCGAAAAACUGGCAAGACAGGUCGAUGGUAGCGAGUGGUCUUGGGCUAACUGCAAUACGCUUUGCUGGGCUAUCGGUUCAAUAUCUGGCGCAAUGAAUGAGGAAACGGAAAAGAGGUUCUUGGUUACCGUCAUCAAGGACCUCCUCGGUCUGACUGAAAUGAAACGUGGCAAGGACAACAAAGCCGUUGUAGCCUCUAACAUUAUGUACAUUGUCGGACAGUACCCUAGGUUCCUCAAAGCCCAUUGGAAAUUCCUGAAAACCGUGGUCAACAAACUUUUCGAGUUCAUGCAUGAGACACACGAAGGUGUGCAAGACAUGGCCUGCGACACCUUCAUAAAGAUCGCCAACAAGUGUAAGAGACACUUUGUGGCUCUACAACCAGGAGAAACAGAGCCGUUCAUUGAAGAAAUCGUUCGUAAUAUGUCCCGUAUCACAAAUGACCUCGGUCCUCAACAGGUUCACACAUUCUAUGAGGCUUGCGGGUACAUGAUCAGUGCGCAGGGUCAAAGUCACGCCCAAGAGCGCCUUCUUCAGGAGCUUAUGGCAUUUCCUAACGCAGCUUGGGACCAAAUAAUUGCACAAGCAAAUAUCAAUCCCUCCAUCCUUGAGGAUCAAAGUACAGUCAAGGUCAUCGGAAAUGUUAUGAAGACGAAUGUUUCCGCUUGUAGCUCAAUCGGCCCCUACUUUUACCCACAGCUUGGGCGAAUAUACAUGGACAUGCUGUCAAUGUAUAGGGCUGUCAGCGGGAUGAUCUCUACCGCUGUGGCUCAAGAAGGUCCGAUCGCAACAAAAACCCCACGAGUCCGUGGGUUAAGAACUGUCAAGAAGGAAAUCCUCAAACUUAUUGAUAUUUAUGUCCAAAAAGCGGACGACUUGAAUGCGGUCAAUGACGAUAUCGUACCACCCUUAUUAGACGCUAUCCUUGGUGACUAUGCUGGGAGCGUUCCAGAUGCCCGAGACCCGGAGGUCUUGAAUGUCAUCUCUACAAUAAUUUCGAAGUUGCGGACCAAGAUGGAGGAUAAGGUUCCUUCGAUUAUGGGGAACGUUUUCGAGUGCACUCUCGAAAUGAUCAACAAAGACUUUUCAGAGUACCCAGAGCACCGUGUGGAAUUCUUCAAGCUGCUUAGGGCAAUCAACUUGAACUGUUUUGCUGCCCUUCUCAAACUCGAUACUCGUCAAUUCAAGUACAUCAUUGACGCUUGUCUCUGGGCUGCCAAACAUGACAAUAGAGAAGUCGAGGCUGCCGGCCUGAACAUGUGCAUCGAGUUGGUCAACAAUGUGAACGAAACCGAUGCUGCGACCGCUACCGCUUUCUUCCAGCAGUUUUUUAUCCCAAUUCUCCAGGAUAUCUUCUUCGUGCUUACUGACACUGACCACAAGGCUGGAUUCAAGCUCCAAACCACCCUACUCGCCCGCAUGUUCUCGAUCGCGCAAUCAGACAAGAUCCAAGCCCCAUUGUAUACAGACGGCCAAGCACCCGCCGGAACCUCCAACCCAGAAUUCCUUAGCCAAUUCGUUAGCAAUCUUCUCCUUAAUGCAUUCAACCACCUGAAGCCUCUUCAAAUCGAAACUUUUGUCAAAGGUCUCUUCAAUUAUACGGGCGACUUGACCAAAUUCAAGAACAAUGUCCGCGAUUUCUUGAUUCAACUUAAAGAAUUUGCAGGUGACAAUGCAGAACUUUAUCUCGAGGACCGCGAGAAUGAAGCUGAGGAAGCGCGCAGAGCUGAAAGAGAGAAAUAUUCGAAGGUCGGGGGUCUUCUCCGCCCGAGCGAGCUCGACGAUAAUGACGAUAUGUGA